AUGGCACUAAUCACUGAGAAUAAUGAUUUCAAAAUUUCUGAAUCUCUGAAGGAACAGUUUCUUUCUGUUGGAGGUGUUCAUACUCUAACACCCUCGGAGUACGAAACCUACAUCAAAUUUUCAAGCAAAAACUAUUGGAAAAAUCUGCGCUUUGUGUUUCCACCGGAAAUAACGGCACUGAAUGUGCUAGAUGUGGUUUCGCCGGAUAAACCCUAUCCAACAGAUUUGCAACUUUGCAAGGAUGUUCCGUUCAGCGUGGAACCCAUUGAAGGUGUAGUCCGACCACAUUCCGAAAAGGAAAUCGUUAUCUCAUUCAGUCCGGAAAAAGCCAAAGAGUACCACAAUGUGCUAUACUGUGAUGUCGAAGGUCGGAGUGUUCGGUUAAAGUUAAAUUUAACUGGACUUGGUGUGGGACCCAAAGUGAAAUUUUCCUUCUCUUGCCUGGACAUGGGGAAAGUAUUUAUCGGAUCCAAGCACUCGUACGAAUUGGUACUUUCCAAUGUCGGUUUCAUUGACGCGAUCUGCUUCAAUUUGACACCAGACGACGGUCUCAUCAAUCCUGGCGGUUAUCAAGCCAUUCAGAUCGACUUUUGUUCACCCGGACAAUUGGGCCCAUUCUCCGAAAGUUUCGAGAUUUUAUGUGACGGGUGUCUUCAGUCUGACACAAUAUUACUGCGAGGCGAAGUAGUUGGGCCAACGUUUCAUUUUGACGUCAAUGAAGUCGACUUCGGACAAGUAUCUCAUGGUGAGUGGUCUGUUUCACCACGCAUAACAACAAGUGAAUUGAUUGGCCUUCUUGCACUUUAUACUUUAUAA